AAGAAGGGUUCGGUUCCGGGCCGCGCGGCGUCAUGGAGUCGCUGUGGCGGCUGAAGCGGUUUGACGCUUUUCCUAAGACCCUAGAAGAUUUUCGGGUUAAGACGUGUGGGGGAGCGCUGGUGACGGCAGUUAGCGGGCUCAUCAUGGUGCUGCUUUUUUUCUCGGAGCUGCAGUACUACCUCACCAAGGAGGUUCACCCAGAAUUGUACGUUGACAAAUCAAGGGGAGAUAAACUGAAGAUCAAUCUAGAUGUUAUUUUUCCACAUAUGCCUUGUGCUUAUUUGAGCAUUGAUGCAAUGGAUGUAGCAGGAGAGCAGCAGCUGGAUGUAGAGCACAAUCUGUUUAAACAACGUUUGGAUAAAGCUGGGAAUCGUGUAACUCCAGAGGCUGAGAGACAUGAGCUGGGAAAAGAAGAAGAAAAAGUGUUUGAUCCAAAUUCUUUGGAUGCUGAUCGCUGCGAGAGUUGUUACGGGGCAGAGUCAGAGGACAUUAGGUGUUGUAAUACUUGUGACGAUGUCAGAGAAGCGUACAGGCGGCGAGGCUGGGCCUUCAAGAACCCAGAUAGCAUAGAGCAGUGCAAGAGGGAAGGGUUUAGCCAGAAAAUGCAAGAGCAGAAGAAUGAGGGCUGCCAAGUGUAUGGUUUCCUAGAGGUCAACAAGGUAGCUGGAAAUUUCCACUUUGCACCAGGAAAAAGUUUUCAACAGUCUCAUGUACAUGUUCACGAUCUGCAGAGCUUCGGACUUGAUAAUAUCAAUAUGACGCACUAUAUCAAACAUCUCUCAUUUGGAAGGGAUUAUCCUGGCAUUGUGAACCCUCUGGAUGGGACAGCCGUCACUGCACAGCAAGCUUCCAUGAUGUUUCAAUAUUUUGUCAAAGUGGUCCCCACUGUGUACAGGAAAGUAGAUGGUGAAGUGGUAAGAACUAACCAGUUCUCAGUUACACGACAUGAGAAAAUAGCAAAUGGGCUACUGGGAGACCAGGGUCUGCCUGGUGUCUUUGUGCUGUAUGAGCUUUCACCCAUGAUGGUGAAGCUGACAGAGAAACACAGGUCCUUUACUCACUUUCUCACUGGAGUUUGUGCCAUUGUUGGAGGCAUAUUUACAGUUGCUGGUUUCAUUGACUCCUUCAUCUAUCACUCAGCACGUGCCAUCCAGAAGAAAAUUGAACUUGGGAAGACAACAUAAAUAAGCAAUGGCAUCAACCCAUUUAAAAACAAAUAAACCAAACAAACAGACAAACAAAAACAGACAAAACAAAGUAAUCCUCCCAAGCCUCCAUGGAAAACUGAACAGGCUCUUUGAAGCACAAGUGAUCUUGUGAGAGUGCACAGGAGAAGAGGUUUGCAACUUCCAGAUGGCCCUAACCACCCAUAUGUUACUGUUCCCUGAUUCUUUGGCCUUAGUUUGUGGUUCGAACAACUUGAACCUUGCUGCUAUAAAGAUUAGCUAUCGCAUCUGGCUCUGCAGGCCCUACUGUCACACUCUUUUUGCGUCAGUCCAUGUUCCUCCAGUUCUAUUCCCCUUCCCAACAGAGAUGCUGGAGAUACUGCAUUCUGUUUGCCUCUAGGAAUAAUGUACUUUAUUGUCAGGAGACCUGUAAUGGAUUGAAGUUGCCAUCAAAUAAGCUUUCUAGCAGCACCAUCAGGGAUUUUUAAUUUUUCCAUAAAAUGUUUCUGAGUGCGCUGAUGCUGUAGGUCAGACCUCUAAAAAUGUGCUGAAUCCCAUCUGUUGCCUUCCAGCCAUCCUGGACUGUAUGGGGAACCUAAGCAUUUGGGAUGUACUUUCUGUGCUGGGGAAGCUCCCAGUUGUUCUUCUUCUGAAAGAUGCAAGUUGAUGUUUCAGAAAAAAAAAGUGUCCGGAAUUUUAACUGAUUUUUUAAUUGGAUUUUUUUUUUUUUUCAUUUCCUCUUGGUAUAUAUUUUCAAAUAAAGUCCAUCCUCUCUUGUGCUAGUAAGGCAUAUGGAAGAAUAAUUAAAUUAUUUGAACUAGUCCUGAUACUGAAUUGGAAAUAAGAAUGAAACGACACAUUGCAUUGUGGCAGAGUAUGUAGAGAUUCUGAUGAUGAUGGGGCUUUUUUGUGUUAAAUCAUUACACAAGUGAGUAAAGUGCUUGGUAUCUGAAACUAUAUUGGGAGAAAUUUGAAAAUAAUGAGGAAAAAAUUUUGUGAAUUAUUGCCUAUUUGAUGUAAAACAGAUUGAUUACUCUUAAAUCUCAGAUCUGGAUUUGCUUUGGUAUGACUCUGAUAUUGGUCCAAGCAAUUGGACAGGCACAGGAUCAGAUACUGCAGAGAGAAAGCUGUUUUAUAAUUUAUUUUAAAGCUGGUUUUGCUAUGUGGUUGAGUUUUUUAAUUAGUUGAACUUACCUGUAAACCAGGGAAUAUAAAAACUGCUGUUUUCUCAGCUGGGGAGAAAAGCAAUUUGUGGCAUGGGUAAGGAGAAUUAUUAUCUCCAAGCAAGAAUGUUGAAAAGCAGGUUUGUUUUAAAUGCCUUUUUACAAGGAUAUUUAAUGAAUCCAGUGGGUCAGGAUCACAUACUACAGCAUGAGGAAUGGAACACAGUAUCUGUAUGUUUCUCAGGAUCAAAAAGUGACCUGAACAGCUUCAAUUGCUCAUCAGUGCAUUUCAGCUUUGCAACUAAAUUUAUAGGAGUAGUAGGAGAGAGAAGAUGAAAGGAAGUAAUGCAGCAAGAGUUUAACCCACAGUAAAACAGUUAUCACUGUUUCCUGUCAAGGGCUGGCUUGUCCUUGAUAGGAAAGCCAAUUGCUUGUAACCGGUACAAGCAUUGGAGAUUAUUUCCCAGAGUACACCUGAGGACUAAAGAAAAGUGAAGGGAAGGUGAAGGUGCAAUACUUGUACUCAUCAUGGGAAACUGGGAAUAGUGGAGAGAAGAAAUCUAAGACACUGAAAUGGAGAUUCUAUCUGGAGAGAUAGAAAAUUAAUGAACCUAAGUUCAUUAAAGUUAAGUAAUACAGGCUUCUGCUAUCACUAGGAAGGAUAUGAGUCCAAGAGUUCUGGUGAUUUGAAUAGACUGAAAGCCCAAGUGACUAAGAACCAUGAUAAAGCUGAAUCUGAACCAAGGAUGUUAGUGAUUGAAAGUGAUAAAAGACAUCUUGCUAACCCUGCUCUGGAGUACGAAAAAACUUCUUUGGGGAGGUCAGUCCCCAGGGUCUGCAGUCUUGAUCUGCAUCCCCAUGUUCUGCAGGGAUGCUUUUUCAGACUUGUAAGGGGUCAAAAAGCAAAGGAGGUGGUGGUUCAUGUGUUUUCAAAGUUUAUUCAACGUAAGAUCAUUUCAAAUGUGUUUGAUUCUCUUGUCUUCUGUCACCAUGUUUGAUUUGUCCCUUCUUAUUCUUUCUUGAUACAAUUUAAAAAAUAUUCCCUUAGUUAAGGACUGUAAAAAUAAAAGUCUUAGUAAAAGACUGGGCAGGAUGAGGAGGGCAUCUUCCUUUCCUAAGAGCAACUACAAACCUCCCCCAAAAGCCAUCUGUGGUUGAAAAUACCCGCUCUGUCAUGUGGACAGCCACAUUUGAGCAGCUGCUGUCCACCACUGGCUUCACAGCCCUGCAGGGCCACACACAGGCUCCAUGCCCACUUCCAGCCCCAGCAUCUCCUCUUUGUCCCUCCCAACCAGCUUGGGCAGAACUGUGCCCAACCUCUGUCCAGCUGAACACAUCAUUGCUACUGCCAUGGGAGAAUGGCACCCACAGUACCCAGCUGGUAGGACCAGCACAAGCAGUACCAAAACCCUGCAAAUUGCAGGGUCUGUGAGCCCAGGUGGUGAGGUGGAGCAGCAAGCUAAAGAGCCAGGACAGCUGCUGGCAGUGUUCUUUGAUAAUUCCUGGCCAAACAGCCUGGCUCUAGUUUCUUGGAAAUGCAUCACUUGUAGAAUACAAUCCUUCCUAUAUGUACCUGUUACUCAAUGGGGCUGAAUUCAACAUCAGUGAAGCCGCAGGGCUCUCGUCCUGCAGAAGGCUCCAGACCGGUGAGGUUUUUUCCCAUUAGUGGGGCCAGUUCCCUUCACUGUCUGCUCCAAAGCCAAACACGGAGACCUGUGUGCAUGCCAGCAAGAGCCAAUGCUGUGUGGGUAAUGGGGCAUCCUACAAGCAUAUGGACAAGCAGUGCAAGGGGAGGUACAGUGGCAGCAGCUGGUACUACCAUUGUCUGUGCUCACCUGAUGGCAGGUGUGCAAGGCAAAGAGCAGGGCUGUGAAGCCAGUGGAGAGGUAUCACACGUGAUGCUGUGUCCAGUUGUCAUGGAUGUACCUGAGGAAAGUUGGGCCCAGAUCAACACCUGAGUGGGGAGUGGAGUGAUAUGGUGCUCUCUGUGCUGGAACAGGACAGCCAGCCCAAUACAGUGCAGCCACUGGCUCACUGCCCAGCAGAGUUGUGCCUGUCCCUGAGGAGCUGGAGCCCAUGGAGCCAUUAGCUUGUUCUUUGAUGAACUGUUUAACUCUCACAUGUGCUGCAAAAGCAGAGGUGAGCAGUGAUCAUGUACACCUGCUGCUGAGGGGACCCAUUUCUUUGCAGAGGGUAUCUGUUGUCUCCCAGCACCCAGCCUAGUGGCAUCUCCCACCCCUUGAGCUGGCCCAGCUGUAGGAAGGGACGCAUCAAGCCCAUGGCCCCUCUGUGGGCACAGCUGCCAUCCCGCUCAUAGGAGUAUGGUACUACAGGUUGCCUGAGCCCUGUGGGGACAGGUCAAUGCCCAGCUACCUCAAAGUGCAGGGCAGAGGGAUGCCCAGUACCCUUUGUGCCAUCAGGACUAGUGCCAGGUCUCCAGUGAGGCACUGGAAACCCCGACCACACUGCGCCAUCCGCAGGGUUUCCAGCACAAGAGACACCAUCCCCCAAUGCUGACACACCGUGUGAGUUCUCCCGUGGAGAAGACACUGGUAACCCACUGCAGCUCCAGAGGUUUGAAGGGGACAAGGACAAGGUGAACAUUGUGCCUUAGGUUCACUGCACUCUUCUGGGUACAUGAAUGUCGCUGUAGAGAUGGACAAGACACCUCUUCAUGCAAAAUAGCCCAAUCUUUAUUGUUCACAGUUCAUAUUUAUCAUAUUUAUCUCAGUUCUAAAGGCAUCAUGUUUAAUUGGUAACUUACUGCAAAUCAGUUCAUUGCUUAGUAGUUGCUAGUGUAUGUGUCCAUCAAAAACUUUCCUCUCUAACGAUGUUUACAUUCUUGUUUCAUGGGUACAGAAUUAUUCUCACAGUCAGAGCCUCUAUUUUCACAGGUGCAAUUCCUUUCUCACAGUAACUUGCUAGGCUAGCUGUUAGCUGCACCCAGCUGAUACAGCAGGCCUAAUCUAUGAUUUUAGGGUAACAAGGCUCUUAUUCUAUAAGGCUUUACCAAUAUGCAACACAUGAAGAGAUGUGUUGUUCUCAUUCCAACAUCCAGCUCAAAGCCAGUGAUCUUUGCUCUGUUCACCCUAAAGGACAGCAGGAUGGUGUGUCCCAAAACAAAGGUGCAUCUUUCCAGGCUCUUGGUCCCACCAGCCAGGGACAGCAGGUCACCCCAGCCAGCAGCAAAGAGUGGAUAUGGGUGACACAAGGCCUGUGUCCCGGGAUGUAGGGCUCUGGAGAGCAGGGUCAGCCAGCCACCUCCUUCACAGGGUUUGUAUUGGCAGAUUUCAACAGCAUGGACAGGGGCUGAGGCGUGCUAGGGUUUUCAGAAGACAGGGAGAGACCAAGUCCCUUUAGGUCACCCACCUCAGCACCCAGUCAUGAGCGUCAAUUAGCAGCCCAUGACUGGACUCUUUCUGUUUUUUCUGACUCAGCUGCCCCAAGUUCCCCACCACUGCAUACGUCCUGCAAUGAGAUGGGUCCCACACAUCAGCUGUGAGGGCCCAGAGGACCUUGAAGAGCUGCUGAAAUAUGGCCUGGAGCUGGAUACCACUCAGGGGACCUUGCAGGGUCUAGGGGAACAAGCACUGUGACAUGCAGCAUUAGCACCUCCACCAAUAGCCCAAAGGGAGACAGAGCCCCAUUUCUCCUAGCAGAGACCUGGGAAAGAACAGAAAAAACAGAUGGGAUAUUAGGAAAAGGGUGCAAAACAGCUCAGGCAGCAGGGUAUGAGGGGGAGGAAGGAUUGAGCUGGGAUCUCUGCAUCCCUCUAUCCCCAUCAUAUCUGUUCUUGGCCCUGCCCCACUGCAAACAGAUUCAGGGAGCCUGGGAUGACCAAUAAGCACCUGCCCAUUCCCUCACUUACCAACCACCACUGAACUUCAUCUGAGGAGAGCUCAUGGUGUGCACCUGUCAGCAGAGGCCCUAUGGCUGCCUUGUAGCAGGUGUUGAACCAUGCAGAGCUGUUGGUGGGGGCUGUGCAGUGGGCAGUGAGGGUGUGGAGGAGAGAGGGAACCCAACAGACAGGACCACUGCCAUCUGUGAGGGCUCAGAAACAUUGCCACAGGACGGGCAGCACAGGCCCAGCACCACCUUUGUGUACAUCUGUAACAGCAUCCUAUGUGCCACCUGCAGUGAUACAUCACAAACACCAGUGGCAGUGGCACCACAGAAUGCCUUCUCACCCGCCCUCUCUGCCCAGCUUCCUAGGACACCCCUUGGAUGCUCACCCACCCUGAGGGAACUGAAAUAGCCCAAUAUUAAUUUCCUUUUCUAACUGUUCAAUAACAUUAUUUCUGUGUUCUGCUGUUGCCACUGCCACCAUUUACUUCAGGGCAGACAGAGCUGGCUGGCAGCAUGUGCUGUACAAGAAACUUCUCUCUGCCUGCAACACAUUUAGGAUUUGUAAACUGACCUGUGAACUAGUAGCAAAGCAUCAUCACCCUGGCUCAAGUCAAACACCAGCUUCGCCAUCCUAAGUGGUGUACAUUCACCUACCAAGUGCACAAUGCUAGCAGUGAGCCCUCUUCCCCAUGCAUGAAGAGAAGCCGGGGCAGAGGAGCCCCACCGUCUGUCUGCCCUGCUAAGCCCAUGCAGGCACCAUGCAGCUCCCACCCUAGCAGUCCUGGGGUUCUGCAGUUUCAAGGGCAUUAAAUCAUUGCCAGGUAGAACAUCUGUUCUCUAUCAAAAAGCAUGUAGCCUAAGGUCAGAGGGAAAAGGGUUUUCCAUUCCUCAGGGAAUUUGUGAAGUGCUCAGUGACUUAGGACUUGGCUUCUGUGGCCCAAGGCAAGAGCAAAGAGCAGAGCUUCAUGGACAGCCUUCAUCCCAGGGUCAGAAGAGAACACAGCUGGUUUGUGCAGGUGUUCCCUCUGUACUAGAAAAUCCCUCAUGUUCUCCCAGCAGCACCUUGUGCCUCCCUCAGUUGCUAUGUGUCAGCACUAGCUCCAUUUCUCCAUAGAAACCAUUUUCUGCAGCUCCUGGAGAACAGAGCCCUAAUGGACAUCCCUGCUCACCAUGGUAUCUGAUUCAGAUCUACUCAGAUCUGACCCCCAGAACAUGUCCCAGACAGCAAAACUGCUGUCCCAGGGGUCCAGUCAGCCAACAGAGAUGGGAGACAGAACAGAAUGGGAGAAUCUGUGGCUGUGACAGCCUGGUCAGAGAGUGAGAAAACUAGGUAAAUUUUCCCAGAAUCAGCUUGUGAGACUUUAGGGAGUUUAAGAUAGACAGUGAUAGCUUGUUAUUGUAAACCACCUGCAGGUGUUGUUUUCUUACUCUCUGUUUUCCUGUUUUUCUCAAAGAUUGUAUAUAAGAAAGGCAUUUUGUUAAUUAGCCAAUCAGGUGAAAUGUAUUGAUAAUUGACCAGUCUGGUCUAUCUGUAUUGGAACAGUGUAUAAAAAGAGAGAAUUUGAAGUAAAGCAAGCUACUGUGCAAACCA